AGAAAGGACUCCUGAAGAAGCUUAUUAUACUAUUUUUUUCCCACAGGCGAUUGUGUCCUCCUCUUCAUCCUCUUCCCAUCCUUCACUGUCUCUAUUAGUCAACACGAUUCCUUCUCCGAUCGGUUACCUCCGGCGACUGUCUCUUACUAUCUGUUUUUAUCAACUACGUGAGGAUUUGUUACUCUGGCGUUGGUGGUAGGUCUAUGAUAUCUAUCCACAUCUUGAAUGGACUGCAACAUGAGAUCUCCGUAUCUUUGGGACUUGGAGAAUUUGAUCAUGUCCAACCCGUCAGAGUCUGAAAAUGACACAAAGCAGCUAACUACUACUACUAAGUGGGAAACUGAGAAAGGUGAAGGAAUUGAAUCUAUAUUUCCCUGUUUCAAUGGCCUCGACAGAGUCAGUAAUUGCUCUACCACCAGUCUCUGGCACACUCCUGUCUCGAAAAGCUCACAUUCGACCUCUACCAACUCAUCAUCUCCUGGAGUCAAACAGUCCAUGCUUGCAUCAGGAAGUUCCCCUGGAGAUUCUUGCAGCAACAUUGAUUUUGUCCAGGUGAAGACGUCUGCUGAAUCGGACCUUUCUUUAAAACUAGGAAAGCGGACACACACUGAAAAACUUUGGGGUGGAAACAACAAUAAUGACAUUUCAUUGACUCCUCCUCCUCCUGUUGUUACUCGAAAGAAAUCAAAAUCAUGUGGUCAGAGCAUGCAAGUCCCUCGUUGUCAGAUUGAUGGAUGUGAACUGGAUCUCUCAUCUGCUAAGGAUUAUCAUCGCAAGCAUAGAGUUUGUGAGAACCAUUCAAAGUGCCCCAAAGUUACUGUGAGUGGCGUGGAACGUCGGUUCUGCCAACAAUGUAGCAGGUUCCAUGCUGUCUCUGAAUUUGAUGAGACGAAACGAAGCUGCCGGAAACGUCUUUCUCAUCAUAAUGCGAGGCGUCGCAAGCCACAAGGAGUAUUUCCAUUUAAUCCUGAUAGGGUGUAUGAUCGAAGACAGCAUACAAAUAUGUUGUGGAAUAGUUUGUCUCUAAACACUGAAGAAAAGUUUGCAUGGGAUACUACUUAUGAUACAAAGCCUACACAGGCGGAGAGGGGUUUUACUCUGAGUUUCCAGAGAGGUAAUGGCUCUGAGCAGCAGUUGUUUGCUAGUAGCAACCACUCUUUCUCUGCCCAUCAAACCUCAGGCGGGUUCUCACUAAAGUCCAAGUUUCAACUCUAUGGCGAAGGUGUGGGAGAAUACUCAGGAGUCCUCCAUGAAUCUCAAGAUUUCCACCGUGCUCUCUCUCUUCUGUCAACUUCUUCUGAUCCCCUGGUCCAACCACAUGCACAGCCAGUUUCUCUACUCUUUUCAUAUGAUGGUGUACCAAAAUAGAUGAGUAACUAGUGUGAACUUUGUAAAACCGGUUUGCUUCUGUUAGUGGAUACUAAUCAAAACCCAUCAGAACAGCUUCUUACUGUCUGCAUUUGUAUGCUGACUUGGGCUGCUUUCUUAUCUUUAUCCUUGUUUCCGUUCUAGUUAGUAACAAAGUCAACUGUCAGCAAAACACUAAACGAUGAAUAUACAUGGUAAGACUUUGCAAAGUAUCAGUCUGA